CACUCAGACUUUAUUUCGUCCUGAGGCUCCGAGAAGCUGCAGCUCUGUCAAACACCGGGAGCUUCCGAUUCUUUCUCCCCCUGAAGGAAACUGUGGAUUAUCAUCGGGUUGUCGUAGCAGCAGAGAAAACACAUGUGUAACUUUAUGAAGAAGAAAAAUCAAACGUGUUUUCAGCCUGUUUCCAUGUUCCUGAGGGAAUAAACCCGGAGAGGACGCGUCCAGCUGCGUUUUUACGCACCAGGUUCCAGACGGACUGACUGGAGACUUUUAGUUCGUGGACUUUUAUUUACCUCCUUGAAGAUUUGAAUUGUGACUUUUAGUUUCUCAAACUUUCCUGGACUCAUUUUCACUUGUUUUAAGUCUCACGAUGCGACUUUUUCUUGCGUGGAGGAGCCGCAGGGGACAAACAGUCCCGGUGAAAAGGUUCCAGGGCUGUUAAAGUGAUUGGAUCGUGACCAGCGGAGAUGAACUUUCUCCACAAUGAUUGCUGCAGCUCUGGUGAAUGACUGACAGCUCGGUGGUGGAGCUGCAGGGACACAGUGGAUUGACCCACAGACGCGGAACUUGUUUAAAUCAUAGAGACGCAUGAGGGCGAAGAUUUCUUUCAGGCUUCAGAGAUGAAAUCAUGAGUUAAAUCCAACUUUUCCUUCACUUUUAUUACUUUUAUCCUCUCAAUUAGUUUAGAUUCAUAGUUUAAUAGAAUGUUGUUUUCCCCCAUGGCACUCAUGGGGAGGUGCGCGCCACGCAGCCCGGUGCUCCCGCGGCCCCUCGUGUUUUCUCUCCUGCUGCUCCUCCGUGGUGCGGGUCUCACCUCCGCAGCCUCCAAGGACCUGGUGUGCGAGCCCAUCACGGUGCCCAUGUGCAAGGGCAUCGUCUACAACCUGACCUACAUGCCCAACCAGUUCAACCACGACACCCAGGAGGAGGUGGGCCUGGAGGUGCACCAGUUCUGGCCCCUGGUGCGCAUCCACUGCUCCCCGGACCUGCUCUUCUUCCUGUGCAGCAUGUACACCCCCAUCUGUCUGCCGGACUACCGCAAGCCGCUGCCGCCCUGCCGCUCCGUGUGCGAGCGGGCCAAGCGCGGCUGCUCCCCGCUCAUGAGCCAGUACGGCUUCGAGUGGCCCGAGCGGAUGAGCUGCGAGCGGCUGCCUCAGCUGGGGGACGAGACCCUGUGCAUGGACCAGAACAGCAGCGAGACCACCACACUGGCUCCCCCGUUCCCCAAACCCACCCCUAAAGGCCGGACCAGACCCCCGAGCCCCCCUAAGUGUGACAGGGAGUGCCGCUGCAGAGACCCCCUGGUCCCCAUCAAGAGGGAGUCCCACGCCCUGUACGGCCGGGUGCAGACCGGGCCCCUGCCCAACUGUGCCCAGCCCUGCCACCAGCACUACUUCUCAGCUGAUGAACGGGCCUUCACCAGCUUCUGGGUGGGCCUCUGGUCGGUGCUGUGCUUCGUCUCCACCUUGACCACUGUGGCCACCUUCCUCAUUGACAUGGAGCGCUUCAAGUACCCAGAGAGGCCCAUCAUCUUCCUGGCUGCCUGCUACCUCUUCGUCUCCUUGGGUUAUAUCAUCCGCCUGGUGGCAGGUCAUGAGCGGGUGGCCUGUGGUGCCAGCAGUGGUGCUGGUGGUGGAGACCAGCUGCACAUCCUCUACGACACCACAGGCCCGGCUCUCUGCACCCUGGUCUUCUUGUUGGUGUACUUCUUCGGCAUGGCCAGUUCCAUCUGGUGGGUGGUGUUGUCCUUCACCUGGUUCCUGGCUGCAGGGAUGAAGUGGGGCAGCGAGGCCAUUGCUGGAUACUCUCAGUACUUCCACCUCGCCGCUUGGCUCAUCCCCAGCGUCAAGACCAUCGUGGUCCUGGCCCUCAGCUCUGUGGAUGGGGACCCUGUGGCUGGGAUCUGCUACGUGGGGAACCAGAGUCUGGAGAACCUCAGGGGAUUCGUACUUGCUCCUCUGGUGGUUUACCUCUUCACUGGUUCUCUGUUCUUGCUCGCAGGUUUUGUUUCUCUCUUCCGCAUCAGAAGCAUCAUCAAGCAAGGUGGCACCAAGACGGACAAACUGGAGCGGCUGAUGAUCCGCAUUGGGCUCUUCACGGUGCUCUACACCGUCCCAGCCACCAUCGUGGUGGCCUGCCUGGUCUACGAGCAGCACUACAGGCCCGGCUGGGAGCGAGCCUUGGCCUGCUCCUGCCUGACUGAGCGCCAGCGCUCGGGCCUUGGUCCGGACUACGCCGUCUUCAUGCUCAAGUACUUCAUGUGCUUGGUGGUGGGCAUCACCUCAGGAGUGUGGAUUUGGUCAGGAAAAACCCUGGAGUCCUGGAGGAGGUUUGUGGCUCGAUGCUGCCCCUGCUGGCUGCAGAAGGCCACGGCUCCACCCUCCAUGUACAGUGAGGCCAGUACUGCUUUAACUGGACACACUGGAACUGGGCUGACAUCAGGGAUCUAUCACAAAGCUGCUCCCUCUCAUAUAUGAACUGACUGGACUUAUUAUUAUUAUUGUUAUGUUCAUAUACACACUGAACAGUUUCCUGUGUGGACACUUAGAAACACACAAUCCAAACACUCCAGAACGAGAUGUGGACAAACAUCUGCAGGACUGUGACUCUGAUUAUCAGCUCAAAUUAAAAAACGGAAAAAAUAAACAAAUAACCUGAAUCAUAGAAAAUGUAACUUGAAAAAAUAUAAAUGUAUUUGAAAAAACUGAAUCAAACAAUUGAAUUGCUUUAAAGAGCUGGAAAACGUCAUUUAAUUGUUCAGUCAGAGACACAAGGAUCCUCGAUGGGAUCAAACGUUCUUCUUCCUGUUUGUUUAUCCUGAGCACUGAGAGAGAAAAACAUAUUUAUUUAUGUAAAUAUUGUAUAAAUUUGAUGUAAAAAAAUGAGAAAAUUAGUUGUAUAGUGUGAUGAUUAGUUAGUAAACAACCAAUGUCACUGCCACAAGUCAAGAGUGAGACACCAGGGAAACGAAUCUCAUCUGAUUUGAAGUGUGUAUAAAUUUGUACAUAUCAGUGUUUGAGUUUGACGUCGAGUGUUUUUGUACUAUUACAAACUGAAAAGUUUUUUCUCAGAUUUUAGAGUCACUUAUGGACGACUCCAGUUUCUGAAGAGUGAAUUAGUUUAGUCAAUGACAUGUAAACGAACAGGGUGAAACGGCCCUUGGCCUUUAGCCCCACCUGCUGGUUGACAGAGGAACUGAUCACACCAGGGACUCAAACAUGGACCUCACUAGAAUUACAUGAGACCAGAGAUCCUCAAGUAUGAAAUAUAAAAAUAGUGGAGACAACAAAAUCCACAAUUGGAUUAAUUUUCUUAGACAUAAUCAACAUUUUUAAAAUAAUUUCUGCUGUGGAUUCUCUGGUGUCCUCAGCGUCCUCCUCGAGGUCCCUGGACCUCAUCUUGAGAACCGUUGCUCUGUUUUUCUAAUGAUUUCAUGUCACAGACUCUGAACAGACGAAAAAUUCACACGUUGAUCGAUUUUUGACACAAUAACUCAACUAAUAGAUAACUUAACCACAGACGGGUUCGAUAAUCGACCAAUUAUAAAAGUUAUUUCUAUAUAAGUUUCAGUUAGAUUUUGCUUUAGUUUCAAAACAUUGUACAAUAAUUCUUAUAUUUUUUUGUUCUGAAAAAGCAAUUUGGAAACAUCAAUUUGGGAUUUGGAAAAGUGUCAUUGUUUUCUAAAAUAUUAUAGACCAAAGAAAUUAAGCAAAUUAAUUAGGUAAUAAUAAAUAUUCACAUUCUCUCUGUUACAUAUAUGUCAUUAUAUAAUACUGAUGAGACUUAAACAAUAUUUCCACCUUAUUUCUAAUCAGGAUAAUUUGACUUAAAACCAGUUUAAAUGAUUCUGUAUUUGGUUGGAAACUGUGCUGAAAUACGUUGUCUGGUAAUUCACAAAUCAAAAAUGAUAAUCACUUAGAGUUUAUGGAAGAGAAAUCUAACUGCAAUAUCCUAAAAUAUGAGUUCACACUGAAUAUGUCCUUAUUUUCUUACGAAUUAGAGCAUAAAGAAGCACUUACGUUGACAAAUAAUCAUCAGUCAUCAGAGGACGUUUUAAAGGAUGGUUUCUAAUAUAUCUCAACUGACAGUAUUACAACAUAAAUCAUGUUCAUUUCUGGAGACUUUUACAAGCCAGCAAAGCUCUUAUCAGUUUCCAACAAAGCUGUAUGCUGUCGUAUAAUGUGAAGGAGCCUCACGUCUACUCUCAGAGGUCAGAGGUCACGUUUUGUGAGUGUACAAAUGAACUGAAACAAAUCAACCUGCAACUGGAAGAAACUACAGAAAGUGAAGCUGUCCCACAGAGAUCACUGUAAACAGUCACAUUACAAAACAGAAUUUAUUGAUAAAAUAACUAAAAAAUAACUAAUUAAACUUAGGUGUUUUUAAAGUUUAUUUAAUCAUCAGUUUGUUUCCUGCCUCCUUCCUCCUGCGGUGAUGUGUUGUGACGUCAGUGUUGUUGGCCAGUUGUGUUAACUACUGUGUCCACGUGUUAGAAAAUGUCUAAUUUAUUAGUCUGAUUUGAGUGAAUGCGAUUAUGAGUGAUGAUGUAUGAUGAUAAAUGUCGGUAAAAACUGACAUUUAGGUUUGUUUGUUGAAGUGUAAAUCUGUUUUUCACACCGAGAUAAACUCUUUAAAAGAUUUUAAAAUGUUGUAGAUUUUGAUUCAUAUUGUGGAAUUAAAAGUGAGUCGAUCUCUAGUUUAUGUCUCAUAAACGUGUGUGUGUCUGUAUGUGCCAAAUAAAAUGAGUUUUGUUUUUA